UUGGAUUCCAGUCUAUUAAGAAAAAAGAGCUAGCGGAAGCCAUGAUAGCACUCAACACUGACUUCUGUCUUCAAGUUCGUACUGCUACCCAGCUACCCCUGCCAUCCAUGAAUGAUGAGAAACGGCCAAAGAUUGACUUGAUUGUCUUCAUCUUUGAUGUCAAUAUCAACAUGAGCUUGAAGACUAUUGCUGAGUCUUUGCCACAUGUAGACCCUAUAUACUUCCUUGGGAGGGUUUGUUUCUUAGCCCUAAAUGCAUCCAGUGACAGGACCCAGUGCGCUGAUUUAGGAGACAUCAUAGCUCUGUGUGAUUCCUACGAUUCACCAUUGAUCUGUGGUGAUAUAGAGACACAAGAACAGAGGGAGUCCCUGGCAAGACGCAUUGUUGAGAUGACAGAGAUAGCUGCCGGAUUUAAGCAUGGUGUAAGCCCUCUCCUCGUCCAGUCCACAAGACGUUCAUAUCAGUUUGUUAAAAGCCUCUGAUAAUACUCGACUGUCCAAAGACUGCAGAAUAACUGCUAUUGAACAUUCCAGAGUCGAUUCAGAAAUGUCCUUGGGCUCUGAGGUGGUGCUGGUCAUAGAUUGCAGAACGAACCUUUUGAAGAUUCAAGAAUCAGUUCAGAUAUGUCAUUGACAGUUUGAGCCUCUAGCAAGGUUGAAAUUUUCUAAAGCUUGCAGAACGAUUCCUUUUAAGUCAUCAAGACAAGAGGGUUAGUAAUGUCCAGAAUGAUUCGGAUGAUGAUGAUUCAAGUUCAAGCCAAGGAGUGUUGGAACUGGUGGAUAAGUCUCCAGAUUGAAUAUCUGGAGAUCUCCAACCUCCAGUCUAAAGCCUACUCUAACUCUCAUCUGAGGGAUGUGAGAAUCAUAUCCUGCUAAAUUACUAACAUCUUUUGGAAUGGAAUUAAAAUACUCCUACAUGUAGGUAUAAAGGUAUAAACUGGAUUUAUUGACAUUCUUGCAUGGUAUAAUGAUGGUAGCCAUGCUGUAGAUCAGGUCAUGUUGAGCUUCAUGACAGUUCAUUGCAUUCCUUUAAAUUGUCAUUCUGAAUGAAUAAUACAUUUUGUUGAUACUUACUUUCAUUGCUUAUAAUGUAUAUCAAACUUUUGUAUUAUUGAUUGUUAUAUACGUUAUCUUGUAUUCUUAUCUCUGGUGUGAAUGCAGAGAUAAAAUCAAUCAAGAAAGGAGAUAAAAGCAUAGAACCAAUUACUAGUACAGGUCAGGCUGCAUGAGAUCAUCUUCCAUACUGAAUCGCCUAAAAACUCUUUCAGACCUGGAUAUGCGAACAUAUGUGGAUAAAAUCUAAGUUGAAUUUUGCCCAAGUCGAACAGAUUUCUGUGAUCCCAAGAGAUUUGACUUGUGUAGAGUUUAAUACCUGUACUCGUCAUUCUGUGCUCAAAAAGUGCAUGUUCCUCACUGUACCAAGGUGUUCAAUUCAUCUUUUGAGUUUGUCUUGCACCGAGUCAUCUGCUACUAUCUGAUGUUUGAAAUAGACUUUUCUUCUCCUCAUUCUCUUUCACUUUGAACUCAUUUUUUUCCUAUUUGUCUUUUGUGCUUAUGAUUACAAUUGGCUGUAAUAUGCAGAGUUUAUAUUUGUGAUUUCCCUGCAAGCAUAAAGCAGUUCUUUGCUUCAGACUUUUCCUUCAUGAUUGCAAUUUGUGCAAGUACAAAAGAAGCAAUGAAGUGAGAGUAUACACUUCCUAUUAAUGGGAACAAUUCAAAUCAAUAAUCAAUCAAUUUUUGUAGUUUUCUUUUAUUUUUGCUUAUCCAAUUAAGAGAUUCAUCAUGCUGACUUGGUAAAUUUCAAACUCCCAUUGUAAAUGUGUACAGCUGUGUAUAAUUUUAAAGAUUAUUUAUUUCUAUUAAAAAGUAAAAUUGUAAAUACAUGAGAAAGGGAAGUUUUUUUCAUGAAAUCUUCUUCAUAUAUAGCUAACCUGUAUUUUUAUUAUCUUGCUGCAAAAUGUACCAAAAUGAAUCCAGACUUCUAAUUUACACGAUUGCUCAAAUUCACAAUAUUCAAAUAACUUAAAUCCAGCAUUUUUUCAUGGUGUCAAAAUUUUACAUCAAGUGAUGUUAUGAUUAUGUCAUUUGAAGUCAUAUGAUGGGCUUUUAUCUUGAAAUACUUUUGUGACACACAAAAUUAACGAGGUAUAAGAUAUUAAUUCAUUAGUUAAAAAUGAUCCCACUUUUUUUAAAUCAAGCCAAUGUUAUAAAAUGCAAAACUCUUAUUCCCACCCCACACUAUGCGACACAAUUGCACAAAGAUCUGACUGCAACAAAAUCACCAAGUGUGCGCCAACCUACCAGGCACUGCAACUGCGACCCACUCUGUUGCAGUAGGAUUGCAAACCAAAUUGACAUGUCAAAUCUUUGUGCGAUUUUUCUUCGAUAUUACUUGUUUCAGCCAAUUAGAUUGACGACAUCAUGGCCAAUAUGUUGCUACGUGUGCACUGGCCCUUGAUGUGAUUGCACCAAGAUGGGAUUGGCAACAUGUUGCAAUCGCAUCUCGUAGUGUGCGCUGGGCUUGAAUUAUGUCAAAUUCAUAAAGCUGUUGGCAAGUUUUUGUUUAGGAAAUUUGGGGUGUUGUAUUAAAUUAAUGUGAAAUCCAAUCUUUGCUCAUUAAAAUUGUUAAUAGAUAUUCAGUUAAAAACAAAUCAACAAGCAUCUGAAUGUUUAAAAUGAAAUUAGGUUAGUACUUAGAAAAUAUACUCCCACUAUGUUAAGGUCAAGUCUACCCUAAAAAAAUGUUGAUUUGAAUCGAAAGAGAAAAAUCCAACAAACAUAAUUAUUUUCAUCAAAAUCGGAUGUAAAAUAAGAAAGUUAUGACAUUUAAAGUUUCGCUUAUUUUUCAUAAAGUAGUUAUAUGCACCACUCAGUGACAUGCAAAUGAGAUAGUUGAUGUUGUCCCUCACUAUUUCUUUUGAUUGAAUUGUACAUUUUUUUUAAUACAAAUUUGACAAUAAAGACCAACUUGACAGAACCACAAAAUGUUAAAACAAUGGUAAUUCCACAUAUUCAGGGAGGAAUAUAACUCCCUUCACAUGACAAUGAGGAGAAAAUUAGAAUAUUUUAUAUUCCAUUUAUUAAAAUACAAAAGAAAUAGUGAGUGGAUGACAUCAUCAGUCUCCUCAUUUGCAUACCGACCAGGAUGUACAUAUAACCGUUUUUGUGAAUUUAAGCGAAAUUUUAAGUGUCAUAACUUUCUUAUUUUACAUCAGAUUUUGAUGAAAUUUUCAGUGUUAUUCUCGUUGGAUUUUUUUUUAUUAAAUCAACUUUUUGUUGAGGUGGACUUGUCCUUUAAGACAGAAAUACUUUGGGGUGUCUUUUCACACAAGAAUACUGUAGGUCACCAGUGUGCGCAACUUACAAACAAUUUUAUGGAGCACCCCACCCCCUUUUCCUGAUAUGAUAGCAAAGCAUCAUUAUCGUUUCCCAUACCAUACCAAGAACCAUUUCAUACUCAUACAAUGAUGAAGGGAAGUGGCUUUUGCUCUUCAUCUUUUUUAUUGCUUCAAAAUUGAUAUUUUAUUUUUCUCAAUAUACAUUGUAGGGUUCUUCUCUUUCUAAUCUUUAGGCAAAUCCAUGGAAUUCUUGACAAAGUCAUGACAUAAUUAUUUUGUUAAUGUAUGUACAUAUAUUUGGAAUUUUUGUUCAUAGUGUUGCUCCCCUUCAUCAUUGGUUGGUAAGUACUAUUGUAAAUUAUAAUCAAUGCAAAACAUUGUAAACAGAUCGCUUGAGUAUUAAGGUGUCUUCCUUUAAUAUGAAUAUAUAUGUAUAUAUGACAGACAAUAAAGUGACUCCGAACUAAGAAA